AGAAUAUCGGGUCGCAAUCGCUUUUCGUUAAAGUAACAAGACGUCUUGUGAAUUGACAUGUAAGUAGCUCUAUUGUUGUCGGAGCGAUAUCUCAAGGUGCCUAUGGUGAUAAAACACCAUUUGAAAGGAAUUUUAUACACGCGGUACUUUUAUUGCGAUGGCAUUUGGUAGUAAGUUGCAUAGAUACUGCUAAACUGUUUCGUAUUUUGUAUAGCUUAUGUUGCCUAUGAUCGUAUAUAGUCUGUUGCAACAGAAUGUACACGUCGUUGAAAAAGCAUGUUUCGAGUUCAGUGAAGGGAACGUAUAAAAAAAAAGAUUGGUCGCUGGAUUUUGAAAGAUUACCAUGGAUACAAUGGCUUAACAUAGAACCGAUGACUACGAGGCAAAAGACCGCAUUUCAAUUGCUCUACCCAAUUCUUUUGCAAGAAAUUAAUACUAAAAAGCCAUCAAAGUUAUUACAUUAUCUAGUUGGGAAAGGUGUGUUAUUCUGGCAAGAUGUUGUUGUAAUUCAACAUGGUCGUCAAACCGACUUAGAGAGAAACAGCCCUUUACUAAAGAUUAUAUGGACAAGAGGUAAAGCUGGUUUCACUGGCUUAGUUGAUGGAUUGAGAUCAAGAUACGGAGGUUGGCAAGGUUAUUUGGCAGAUAUGUUGGAACUAAAAUACAACAUGGCGAAUACAAGAGACAUGAUGGAUAUCUACAAAGUAAUUUGUCACGAUCUGGUUAAAGUGAUGCCCGUUGGUUGGUCUGCGUUACCUCGUGUGCUGGGAAUGUCUAACUCUCACAUCGAAAAGUGCAGAAGAGAAAAUAAGUUAUUAGCAAAUCAACUGCUUCAUUGCUUGCUCAUAUCUUCAAGUCAACACUUCAAUAAAGAUCAUUUACUUUCCAAACUUUUGUCAGCAUUGCAUGUUAUCAAUAGAGAUGAUAUUGCAGAUGGAAUUGCUAUUUUAUUGAAUACUAUGUAUGAAAUACAGUCGGUUCACCAAGAAAACAUGGCCAGUGAUGAAACCAAAGAAACAAAUAAUACAGCACUGGAUGAAAUUGAUGCACAAAAUGAAGAGACUGUAGAGGUGGUAUUCCAACAACAAAAUAACGGAGUGCAAUUGAAAUCUGCAUCCAGUUUCUGUAGUGAUGGUGAAACACCUCGAGCCGACUCUGGGUUUGAUUCUCGAAUGUCCACAUCAACUCCGAUAACAUUAUACCCACCCACACCACCCCCUCAUUCAUCAAACCAGCGAUAUCACCACAGAUCAUCAAGCAAGAAGUUUUACAGAAAGACACCAAGUCUGGAAAAGUUUGAAGGAUUGAGCAACAUUGGAAGAGUCAAAUCUGGUAGACUGCAUGGCUACAGAAUAAGUCCUAGAGCAAAGACAAAUGCUUGGGAACGAAGGUCUCCGUCUAUUCUUCAGGCUGAUUACUUGGCGCAUCCAAACCAAGACAAUCUCUUUAUGGAUUACUUAGUUUAUCAGUAAACUGGGUUUGAUGUUUAGUAUGUGAACUUAGAGUUUUAUUAUUUUUUGUACAUAAUGUCAUUUUGGUAAAUUUUUUAGUUGUUUCUGCCAAUAGGACAAAAAUGAAAUGUGAACAAAUAUGAUUCUUGCAAACUUUGUCACUGUCACUUUUUUAUAAAACGAAUCUAUAUUUUCACUUUUAGUUUCUACCAUGACAGAAUAGUGACAGAAUAGUUGCACUUAACAGCAAGUUAUGUAUUUUUCUUGAUUUCCUGCCAAGCAUAAAAUUAAACCUAAACAA